AUGUGCGCUGACAACAUAUGUAGGUUUGUGACUGCGGCAGCGGCGACCGGGGAUGUAACAUGGUAUGAGUGGGCUGAGAGCCUGGACAGUGUUGUUACUGAUGCGGAACUCCGCAGCAGGUUUGGGAUGCCAGAGGGUAUUGAGACUGAUGAGGCAGAUGCUACAGUGGAUGAAGAAGAAGGUGAUGGUGAUGAAGCUGAAUAUGAGGAUGAAGAGGACGAUAUGAGUUUUGACUAUGCUGACGAGUUUGAGCUCUUUACCAUCGGUGGAGACGACAGCGACUCGGAAUAG